UGGCUCUUGAUUACCCGAAGGAAUGAGAACCACAUGAAGCAGAUAAGAGCUAUCCCAUUCCUAUAAUGAGGAGCCACAAGAAUGCCAGCAUGGACGACCAACUCAACCAGAAUCCACCACUAGAUUAUUGUGUCUCGGACUUGGAUUGCAUCCCUUCUCGUGAUUGGAACCAAAAGGAAGACGUAAAUUAAAUUUUGCAUCCAUAUAACACGACAAACAAGUGCCCUGUUAUGUAGAACAGCACAUGGGUAUGGCAGUGCAAGCCAGGUUAGGGGCAUGCAACCCAAUUCGAAUACCACAAUGUUCCGGUGAUCGUGACGAUGGAGGGCGGCCUCCGGCGGAGGAAUUUGCACCAUUAGCCACCAAAUUUCAGAGGCGGCUUCUUGUGGGGGUUGGGUCAGCUUCACUAGUGGCUGUGGGUGCAAACUUUGGUGGCAUCACCAGUUUUCUUCUCGGUUUGUCGCCACAAAGUGGGCGUAAUCUCAAGCUGGACGUGCUUUAUCCCAUUGGAGGUUACAGCCGCUGCGUUGACACAAAGGAAGGAUUCGAAUUCAUAUACCCAGCAAAUUGGGUGGGAGAUCAGACGCUGCUGUAUCGAGCUGCUAAGAAAAGAGAGAUGGAACGAUCAUUGGAUCCUCCUCCGCUGAAUGAACGGCGGCGUUCUAACAUCAAUGAACCGGUUGUUGCAUUUGGUCCUCCCGGUUCCACUGGAGAACUCAAUGUUAGUGUCAUUGUUUCAUCUGUUGCUCCAGAAUUCUCGAUUGAAGCAUUUGGGGGGCCAGAUGAGGUGGGUGAAGCAGUGGUUCGAAGCAUAACAGGAUCAGGGCAACGCCCUGACGUUAAGGGGACAUUAAUAAAAUCAAGUUUGAGAGAGGAUUCCGUUACAAAUGUCAAAUACUACGAACUGGAGUUCAGAGUUGGGAGUCCCUCGUUUAGGCGACACAACGUUUCCGUUUGCUGCGCUCGUGAUGGCAGGCUUUUUACAUUAAAUGCUCAGGCACCUGAAUCAGAGUGGCCAGGAUUGAAGUCAGAAUUCUAUAGGAUUGCUAAUUCAUUUAGCCUCACAAUUUAAGUGGUUCAAAACGAAGCUUCAUUGCCAAAUAAGGUCACAAGCCAAGACCCAAAAAAAAGGCUUCUCUUAGGUCGACCUUGUAACUCCUUGGUUUCCGAAGCUAUGUUUUUGAAUUGCAUGGCUAGAGAAUGUCCUCUAAACCGAACCAAUUUCAAUUUUUUGGGUGCGUCUGUUACCAUUUCAAUGAAAAAUAAGGUCACAAGCAUUUCUUAA